UGCCGAUCACCCCUACCUCGCUCGGUCAGCGCACGCUUCACUCAUUCCACCACCAUCCACGGCGAACCACCAUGAGCUCUGAACAGGCCCCGCUCUUCCGCGUCGUGACCAAGCCACGCAAAGCCAAAACCAGCUCCAAAACAUUGCUCUAUGCUGUCGGCGCGCUAGGCGCGUUGGCGACGGUGGCGACUGUCUUGACGCACGAGACUGCGCGCGUGGCUCAAGUUCCAAGCGUGCAAUUGGCGCUCGUGAACAACACUGUGUUCUGUGACACCACCAAGCAAGAGUCAGGGUACAUUCAGCUCCCACACAAGGUGAAUGACAACUACUUUUAUUGGUUCUUCGAGUCUCGGUCGAACCCGGAGAAGGACCCGCUUGUGCUGUGGCUCACGGGCGGCCCUGGCUCGUCGUCGAUCUUUGCCCUCUUGACUGAAAACGGCCCGUGCACAAUUGACGCCAACCUGAACACAGUCUUGAACCCACACUCGUGGACGAACCACGCCAACGUGAUUUGGCUGGAUCAACCAACGGACGUUGGCUUUUCGUACGGCGACAACAAGGACGACGACCACAACGAAGUUGAUGUCGGGCGCAACAUCUACGCAUUCCUUCAGGGAUUCCUGAAGAAGCACCCCCAGUUCAAGUCCCAUCCGUUCUUUAUCACUGGCGAGAGCUAUGGCGGGCACUACGUCCCGUCGGCGGCGUACUACAUAGUGAAUCAAGUGCCUGGGCAAGGGGAAGUCAAGAUCAACUUGAAGGGUAUCUCUGUUGGCAAUGGCCUCACCGACAGCGUCAUCCAAAUCCCGUACACGGCGGAUAUGGUCGACAACGCGUACAACAUCACGUUGGUGGCCCCGGACAAAGUGCCAGCGCUCAAGGCUGCCGCCGAGGCAGUCGGGAAGCUCGUCCGAGCGUGCCAGACCACAAAGAACGAAAACCAAACGUGUGUGCAGGCUCAGGAGAACUGGUACAACCUCGUCGUGGCGCCGCUCACGGAAACCUCCAAGCGAAACCCAUACGACAUCCGUGAGGACUGCACGAACGGGUGCAUCGACUACAUGCGGUACGGCGAGCGCUUCCUCAACUCGCCAGUCGUCCAGGCGAAGUUGCACGUCAACAAGAUGUGGGUCGAGUCCACGUGGCGCGUGUACCAGGACUUUUCCGUCGACUUUAUGAAGAGCUAUGCCCAAUAUGUGCCCAACUUGUUGGCGAGUGGGGUGCGCGUCCUCAUCUACGCCGGCGAUGCCGACUUGAUGUGCAAUUGGAUGGGGAACGAAGCGUGGACCAAGAAGCUCGAGUGGCCAGGAAAAGCUGCGUACAACGAGGCUCGCGUCAAGCCCUUCAUGGUCAAGGGAAAGAAGGCCGGCGAAGUUCGAUCGAGCCACGACUUGACCUUUGUCCGCGUCUACAACGCAGGACACAUGGUCCCGAUGGAUCAGCCAGAGGUGUCGCUGGCGCUCAUCAACCGUUUUUUCAACCAUGUUCCGUUGGACAGGGACUUAGUUCAUCGCAAUUAGAGCUUUGCCGUGGUCUGGCAGAGUCAUGUAACGCGCUCCUAUUUCGGC